AUGAAGAGGUAUAUAAUUGUGAACUGGUCAAGUGUGAGUAAGCCUGAAGUGUUCCUUCAUGAAGAUGGAUACUAUUUGAUCAAGUUCCAGAAAGUAAGUGACAUGAAUGAGGUCCUGUUCUCAGGACCAUAUUCAAUCAAUAAUAGACCAAUAAUACUGAAGCAAUGGAGUCCUGAAUUUGAUUUUGGAAGUGAGUUCUUAACAGAAAUACCUCUAUGGGUUAAUUUUCCAAACUUGCCUUUGAAUUGUUGGGGAGGGGGAUCCUUGAGUAGGAUAGCCAGUGCAAUUGGAGUUCCUAUCUUUGCGGAUGAAUGUACUACUAAACAAACUAGGAUUUCAUAUGCUAGAAUGCUAGUAGAAGUUAAUGUCACAAAAAAAAUUCCCCAGAAAAUUACAGUAGUGGAUCCAUAUGGGAAGACAUUCUUACAGGAUGUGGUGUUGGAAUGGAGGCCUCAGUACUGUGAUAAAUGUCAGAAGAUUGGACAUGUAUGUCAAGUAGUGACUGAUCCAAAUGAGGAGGUAAUGAAGAAAAGAACACCAGGGAAGAAAGUAACUCAAACAUGGCAAUAUAAAGGGCCAAUAUCACAGAAGACUAGUCAAGAGAAGAAGGAGGAACAUAACCAAGAGAAGAAGAAUCAGCUAGAAGAACAAGAAGAAGAACAGAUCACAGAAAUAAUGCAAACACCAAAAAGUUAUGCAAUGCAGGGGUAUAGUCAGCUGGGAUUGAGCUUGGAUUUCCCAUACUGA